AUGACUCAGCCAGUUAUCUCGUCCGGUCGGCAAGAACACAGUUCUAGGUCGUCACUACCGCAGUGUAUUACUCUCCUAGUUCGAGAAACCGCCCUACACGAGUUCGCUGUCCUUGUUUCAGAGACGGAAGACAGUUCGAGCAGCAGCUCCUGUUCGGCCAGCGAUAGCGAGGAGGAAGUGCAGACAGUGCGGAGGGGCUUCUCCAACCCCAACUACCCGGGAUUCUCACACCUAGCCCACGAACUGAGGGGAGACUUUGACAACAACAACAACAGCAACGGCAACAACAACGAAGAGGAAGAGCUAGAGGAGAACCUGACGUUAGAUGAUGGCAAGGAAGUCGACUGGAUCAAUAGGGUAGAAGGUUGUCAGGUUAAGGACAUCUACAGAAGAUCGAAAUUGGACUUGGGUGAGGUGAAGGAAUCAAACAUGGCGGUACGAGCCAGCGGAAAGAGAGAGAAGACGGAAAUCAACAACAGCCUCAAGCGCGGGAAGGGGAAAGACUCAGGUAGGUCUCCUAGAUCUUAUGCUAAUCUGCUUAAUAAUAAGAUAUAA